AUGCGGAGUCAGCAGCCGUGGCUGCUCCAGCAGCAGCAGCAGCUGCAGCAGAGCACGCAGCGUCUGCUGGUGCCCCUGCUGCUGCUGCUGCUGCUGCUGAGGGGCAUUCAGCAGCAGCAGCAGCAGCAGCAACAGCUGCUGCAGCAGCUGCUCUUGCUUCUUUGCUGCUGUCGUGAACAGCUGCGAUCUGGGCCUGCCUUUUUGCUAUGCAGGACUCUGAACGAGCUGGAAACAUCUCGGGCCGAUGAAGACACAGAAACCAGCAGCAGCAGCAGCAGCAGCAGCAGCAAGUGCUGCUGCAGUCACGUGCGGUGGAUCGUGCUCGUGCUGCUUGGAGUCUACAAAGCAAUUCAGCUGGGGGAGCAGCAGACAGUCACAGGGGCUGCUUGGGUUGAGGUGCUGCAAAGCCACGCCAUAGACCUUCAGGAAGAAGACGUACUCGUCCCCCUUGAAGUUGCAGGCGAGGACGCGGAGCCUGCACUUGACGUAGUGCAUAGGGAGCUUGUUGCAGUUUCUGAAAACCAGAAAUAUUCUUGGCCGAUGCGGAUCAACGCCAUGGGCUUGGCCAGGGCGUGCCGGCCAUCAAGCAGCAGCAGCAGCAGCAGCAGCAGCAGACGGCUGCAGGAGCAGCUGCAGCAGCAGCUGGUGCUUCACUUUCCUUCCAGUGUGCUUCCAGAUGACCCGGCGCUGACCCUUUGCUGCCUCCACCUGCAGCGGCUGGCAGGCCUUCCUGCGGAGGUGCCGGUGCCUCCUUCAGAGCUGCUGCCCAAAGUGCUGCAGCAGCAGCAGGAGCUGCUGCAGCAGAACUCGGGGAAACUAACGUGCACGAGCCGCCUGUCUUUGCUGCGGCUGCUUCGAACUGCUGCCCAGCUGCUGCCGCCCUUGCUGCUGUCGGAGGGCCUUGCUGCUGCUAGCUUUACCGGGUUUUGGCGGCUGGUGUUUAGUGUGGACGAAGCUCUGUGGCUGGCAGUCAUAAAAGCAGCAAAUGCUGCUACCCACAGCCGCAGCACAUGCCUCUACCCUGCUGCCGCAGCCGUGGGGGCACAGACUCGAGGAGGGCCUCAGAGCGAGGACAGCGCAGAAGCAGCAGAAACAGCAGCUGCAGCAGCUGCAGCAAGUGCAGCAGCAGAGGAACCUUCCAUGGGGCUGCAUGCAUGUUUGCUGCUGCGGACUUUGUUCUAUGAGCUUGUCUGCCAGUAUGGCCCGGCCAUCUUAGCGCUGCCUCCAGCUGCUCCGCCUGAUGAGUGUGUGCUGGCUGCUGCUGCUGCAGUGCAGCAGCAGCUGCCGCAGCAGGUGGUGCUGCUGCUGCGGCACUACGUCUCUAUGCAGCAGCAACGCAUUGCCACAGCCACCGCAGCAAACCAGGAAAGCCUUUGA